AGGAGGGAGAGUCAGAGAGAGAGAGAGAGAGCGAUAGAUGGACAGAGAGAAAGAGAGAGGGAAAAGAUAGAAAAAGAGAGAGAGGCAGGAAGAGAGAGGUUAGAAAGAAAGAGGGUGGGGGAAGAAGAUCAAAUGUGAGGCAGGAGGUGGAGCAAGAGAGGGAGGUAGAGGGAGAAGAGCAUAGAGAGAGACAGAGGAAGCAGGCAGUAGGCUCACACAAACACUGACACACAUACUAGCGCUUGCAGCACUGUUCAGUCUUGGAUGUAAGUGCAGCCGAGAGGAGAUAGAAUAAGUGCCACCGCUAAGCACUGCUACGUGAGGAGUGGGGAGACAGUACCAUGACACUCAGAAACACAGAUGGACAAUACUACUAGCUGUGAAUAACAAAGGGAUCAAUAAGGGAUCAAAGGGAAGAAGACUACAAUGCCUGAUUUGGUUACAUUUCAUUCCAGCGUGCAUCCUACCAGAAGGCCAUUACCAUAACUCAUUAGUCAUACAGAACUAUUUCCCCGUGUGAUUGGAUACCAUGAUAACCAAUCACUUCCUGGGUCUACUGAUGCUCUCCAUCCUGCAGCCAACCAAUGCCCUGCCUGUGGCACCUGGAAAUACUGUGAAUCUCUUGGGAACAUUGCAGGAGAAGGAUGAUGGAAGGAUACUCCAGCGCUCCAAAAGAGGAUGGAUGUGGAAUCAAUUCUUUCUUCUGGAGGAGUACACAGGGAAUGACAACCAGUAUGUUGGCAAGCUGCACUCCAAUAUGGACAGAGGCGAUGGUAACGUGAAGUACAUUCUCACUGGAGACGGGGUGGGAAGCUUGUUUUUAAUAGACGAGAACUCAGGUGACAUUCACGCCACUAAGAGGUUGGACAGGGAGGAGAGGGCCAUAUACACACUCCACGCUAAGGUGGUGGAUAAGAGUACCAAUGAGACACUGGAGGCUGAUACUGAAUUUAACAUCAAGAUCCACGACAUCAACGACAAUGAGCCAAAGUUCUCUAAAGACCUUUAUUUCGCCAGUGUCCCAGAGAUGUCUGAUGUAGGCACAUCAGUUAUUCAAGUCACCGCGGCAGAUGCUGAUGAUCAAACAUAUGGGAACAGUGCCAAGCUUGUGUACAGUAUUCUACAGGGUCAACCAUAUUUCUCUGUGGAUUCAGACAAUGGCACGAUUAGAACAGCCCUGCCUAACAUGGACAGGGAGACCAAGGAGAACUACCAGGUUGUGAUCCAGGCUAAAGAUAUGGCUGGCCAGAUGGGUGGGUUAUCAGGGACCACCACAGUCAGCAUUACCCUCUCUGAUGAGAAUGACAGCCCACCGCGCUUUGCUAACCAUACGUUUCGUCUGAGCACUCUGGAGUCGGCUGAUGUAGGAGCAGCCAUAGGUCGGAUCAAGGCUAAUGAUGCGGACGUGGGGCGGAAUGCUGAGAUGCAGUAUAGCAUCGUCGACCGAGACGGACAGGAUAUGUUCACUAUCAUCUCGGACCAAAACACACAGGAGGGCGUUAUCAGGGUAAAAAAGAAACUGGAUUAUGAGAAACAAAGGACGUACUCCUUCAAAGUGGAGGUGACUAACACCUAUCUGGACCCCAGGUUCAUGUACAGUCCAAACCCUCCUUUCAAAGAUGACGCCAUGGUGCGGGUGACGAUAGAGGAUGUGGAUGAGCCACCAGUGUUUAGCAGGAACCCUUAUAUCAUUGAGGUGCACGAGGACACAGCCGCCGGCAGCUUUGUUGGUGUCGUGUCUGCCAGGGACCCCGAUGCUGACAACAACCCAGUCAAAUACUCCAUUGACCGCCAUACCGAUCUGGAGAGACUGUUCAACAUUGAUUCUGUUAACGGCACCAUUUCAACACUGAAAGGCCUCGACAGGGAGAUGUCAAGAUGGCAUAACAUCUCUGUUGUUGCAACUGAAAUAAGUAACCCUCGCCAAACCACUCGAGUCCCAGUGUUCAUCAAGGUCCUGGACGUUAACGACAAUGCACCUGAAUUUGCCAUGUAUUACGAGACAUUUGUCUGUGAAAAUGUCCAAUCAGGACAGCUGAUUCAGACGAUAAGCGCAGUUGACACAGAUGAGCCCCUUGUUGGACAUAAGUUUGUCUUCAGCAUCAGCUCCUCCAAUCCAAACUUCACUAUCGUUGACAAUGAAGAUAACACAGCCAGGAUCCUGACUCGGAGGGCAGGAUUCAGCCGGCGUGAGAUGAAUACCUACCUACUGCCCGUGGUGAUCUCGGACAAUGACUACCCUAUCCAGAGCAGCACCAGCACUUUGACUGUGAACGUGUGUGCCUGCGACAGCCGGGGGAACAUGCAGUCCUGCAACACUGAGGCUCUGCUGUCUGCCGGGCUGAGCACUGGAGCCCUGGUGGCUAUCCUGCUCUGUGUCAUUAUCCUCUUGUUGAUCGUGGUGCUGUUCGCUGCCCUGAGGAGGCAGCAGAGGAAGAAGGAGCCUCUGAUCAUCUCCAAAGAGGAUGUGAGAGACAACGUCGUCAGCUACAACGAUGAAGGGGGCGGAGAGGAGGACACCCAGGCCUUUGAUAUUGGCACGCUGCGCAACCCAGAGGUGAUGGACGCUAACAAGCUGCGCAGGGAUAUCAUCCCAGAGAUGCUAUUUCCCUUCCAGAGGACAUCACCUAUAAAGGAUAACGCCGACGUCAGAGAAUUCAUUCAUGGGAGACUCCAUGAGAACGACUCGGAUCCCACCGCGCCGCCCUACGACUCCCUGGCCACCUACGCCUAUGAGGGGAGCGGCUCGCUAGCCGAGUCCCUCAGCUCCCUGGAGUCUGGAUGUGUGGAGGGGGACCAGGAGUACGAUUACCUCAGCAACUGGGGACCCCCGUUCAAAAAACUAGCAGAUAUGUAUAUAGGGAAGGACACGGCGAGAGAAACCUAGAUCACAAUUAGGCCUAUACUAAAGCAGCUCAUCAUCAACGUUGUGUCUCAAUAAUCUCUCUCACACACUUUCCUGCCACCCAUCCAUUGAUUCAUAUGAAUGGUCAAGUAGAUUUCAAGACUUGAACAUUACACUCAAUACUGGUGGUGACAUUUCUCACAGUUUUACUGUUUUUGGUAUAAUCAGUAAAGAUGCCUUUGAAUUUUAGGAAAUUUUGUGAACAAUGGUGUGGACAAUGUGUUUUGUAACUGAGGAACGAGAUAGUAGUCUUGUAUACUAUCAAUGUUUAAUGGGAAAACAUAUUCACGAAAAAAAGUUUAAAAAAAAUAGCUUUUCCUGCUAAUUACAUUUGAAAUAGAUACAUGUAUGAACUGUUUUUCCAUGAUGGACAUACUAUAUCCUAUUCACUAUCUUUGUUUGACAAACAAUGUUCAUGUGAAUGGUUGGUAAGGUUAAUUCGUCAAACUGUGGAUCCAUUUUAUCAUAGGUGUACAAUGUAAUAAGGACGUGUACGUUGUAGGGUAACUGUUACACACUGAAUUCAUGUUGUUUGAAUGCCAAGUCAUAUUGUUUUAUAUUUAUAUUUUUAUACUUAUUUUAUUAAUAAAAAUUCCCCAAAAACA